AUGGUUCGGAAGCAAGAAGAGACAUUUUUCAUGAUCUUGGGGCUAGACCCAGAACGAAUAUAUCUGUGGCUUCACAGAAAGCUUAGUGAGAAGUAUGGACCUGUAUUUACAGUCUGGCUUGGUCAACAGCAUACAGUUGUACUUUGUGGAUAUGAAGCGGUGAAAGAAGCCCUGAUUGAUCAAGGAGAGGAAUUUAGUGGCAGGGAACUUGCUGCUAUCUUUAAAACUUACCUUAAAGGACAUGGUAUUACUGUAAGCAAUGGAGAAAGGUGGAAACAACUGCGAAGGUUUUCCGUUAUGACACUGAGAAACUUUGGAAUGGGGAAGAAAAGCAUUGAAAGUCGUAUUCAGGAAGAAGCCCGUUUUCUUCUAGAAGAAUUCAGGAAUGCAGGAGAGAUGCCCAUUGAUCCAACUAUCUUUGUAAUGCAGGCCAUCUCCAAUAUUAUCUGCUCAGUUGUGCUUGGGAAUCGAUAUGCUUACACAGAUGAAAACUUUCAAACCUUGCUUACUUUAACGAAUGAUAAUUUCAGAAUUGCAAGCUCUGCUUGGGGAGAACUUUAUAAUAUAUUUCCAAAUUUUGUGGAAUUUUUACCUGGACCACACAGAAGAUUCCAUAAAAAUAUUGUGCAGAUAACAUCCUUUCUUACAGAAGCCAUUAAAGAACAUGAGAGAAAACUGGAUCCCACAUCACCUUGUGAUUAUAUUGAUUGUUUUCUUAUCAAGCAAAAACAGGAGAGAGAUAAACCUGGUAGUGAAUUUUUUCGAGAAAACUUAAUCGCAUCAACAAUUAACCUGUUUUUUGCUGCAACAGAAACAACUUCCACAACAAUUUCUUAUGGACUCCUUCUUUUGUUAAAAUAUCCUCACAUUCUGGAAAAAGUUCAAAAAGAAAUAGAUCAUGUAAUUGGCCAUAACCGAUGCCCUUCUAUGAAUGAUAGAGUAAACAUGCCAUAUACAGAUGCAGUGCUACAUGAGAUCCAGCGUUUCACUGAUGUGGUUCCCUUGUCCCUCUCUCACUGUGUACUGCAAAACACCAAAUUCAGGGGCUACACCAUUCCAAAGGGUACCGUGGUGAUCCCUCUGCUCUCAUCAGUACUGCACGACAAAGCAUUCUUUGAAAAUCCAGAAACAUUCAACCCAGGGCAUUUUUUGGAUGAAAAUGGUUUCUUUAAAAUGAAUGAUGCCUUCAUGCCAUUCUCAGCAGGAAAGCGGAUGUGUCUUGGACAAUCCUUGGCUCGGAUGGAAAUUUUUUUGUUCAUUACAACUCUCCUGCAGAAUUUUACACUAAAACCAGCUGUUGAUACAAAAAAAAUUGAUGUGCAACCAGAACGAGGUGGUUUGCUGAAUAUGCCACAUAGUUAUAAAGUUUGUGUUAGUAGUCGCAAACCAUUGUAGUGUAGUGCAGAAUUAACUGCUCUGAUUUUAAGUUGUCAUACUCUUGUAUGGGCAUAUGUCAGUACAAAAGUGCAUCCUAUCUUGAUAAUUAUCUGCAUGCUAUCUUGAUAAUUUCUUACAAAUCUGUAGUUACACUUCACUUACAAGGUAUGAUGCCUUGCAUAACUCUUGCAUGCAUCUGUUUCCUUCAUCAAAACAUUGCAAACCUUCAAAAACAAAACCUUUUGAUUUAUAUUACUGUCUCUUAAAACAGAAUGCCAUUGCUCUACAUUGCAGAAAAUGAAAAGACACAUCAGACUUUCUACCUGCCACUCUGCUUUUCUUUAUAGUAUCUUGAGCUUGUCAAUACUUGCCUAUAAACUGCAUAUAAAAAAAAACUGUUCUCUUUUCCCAGUCAGGCUGGAGUUGUUAACUACAUACGUCCUAAAACCUACUUGCAGAAAAAGUUAUUCCUCCAUUUCCCCAUGAUAGGAGCAUAGCUUUGUGGAGAGAAGGGGACAGCCACCCUGGGUGGAAGGUGUUAGGGGGCACAAUCAGGAGUUAUUAAUUGAUUUAUAGUGCAUUCUUGGUAUUCAUUUAUGUACUAGCAUAUCUGAAUGCUGUAGAAUAGACUCCCCACCCAUGUAAAACAAAGUUCAUCCCUGCCCAUGUUCAAAUGCAACUUAGAUUUAUGGAUAGGAAACAAAAUUUACCCCAGGACUAUCCCCUGGUCUAGUAAUGGACAGAUACAGCUCCUAAAUGCUUUAUCCUAUGCAUGGGUCCCCUUGAAUUAUCUGUGGCAUGAUCAAAGUUAUUCUCAUUAAGGGUAAAAUAUAAUUAUCAACCAUGGGAUGGGUAAGGCCAAUCUACAACCAAAUGGGAUGAGUUAGUUUGAAGACAGAAAGGGAAAAUGGCUAGGCUUAAAAUAGCUCACAAGGGCAGCUAACCUAGUACUUCCCAAUGAACCUAUGAAGUAAAUACGUAUUUCUGUGGUCAGGACUGCAGGUUUGUGGUAAAAGAAGUAACAGGCCACUUGCUACAUUGUGGCUUGCUACAGUUACUACAGUUUUAAAAGUGACAUGACUUCUUUCUGCAGAGGUUAUGAGCACCACCCAGAUCAGGAACAGACCUAAUUUACUGUUGAGAGGUGCAACAUCAGGGAAUGGCAUAGGGGGCAGGAGCAAGAUGAGCCAACUACAGCUCUGCCCAGUGAUAUGGUCCACAUGCCUGUUGCACUGGCUCUGCCAAGUGGUAUGGUCCAGAUGCCUGCUGCACUGGUUUUGCCCAGUGAUAUGGUCCGCAUGCCUGGUGCACUGAUGCUGCCCAGUGAUAUGAUCCAUAUGCCUGCUGCACUGGCUCCGUCCAGUGAUAUGGUCGACAUACCUGCUGCACUGACUCUGCCCAGUGAUAUGGUCCACAUUCCUGCUGCACUGGUUUUGUUCAGUGGUAUGGUCCACAUGCCUACUGCACUAGCUCUGCCCAGUGAUAUGGUCUGCAUGCCUGCUGCACUGAUGCUGCCCAGUGAUAUGGUCCACAUUCCUGCUGUACUGACUCUGCCCAGUGAUAUGGUCUGUGACACCCCACCACUGGCAACAGUAAUUAAGGAGCCUCUAUCCUCAUCACUAGCACCAGUGGAGGAAC